CGUCUGUGUACUUGUCUUUAUCUAUGUACUCGACGCGACGUUAGCUGUCAUGCAGGGCGUUUGCAGUGUUGGUUAGCUUUAUUGGACUGGUUUAAGUGACGAGAAAACGAUAUUUUACGGAAUAACUGACCGAAAAGUGAGUGCCGUUGUUCAGUGCAUCAUAUUUCUACAAGGUGACCAGCUUAGCUGGUGUUAAACGCAACAAUGACCACUGACAUAAGCAUGGUGAGGUGGGACCCCUCAUUGCAACAACAGAUUGAGGAGGACUAUGAAUAUGAUGGAGGCAACUCUUCUUCCAGACUGUUUGAACGGUCCAGGAUCAAAGCGCUAGCAGACGAAAGAGAAAGCGUACAAAAGAAAACCUUCCAAAAAUGGGUAAACUCGCAUUUAGUUCGGGUGAAUUCCCGAAUCACAGACCUCUACACCGACCUCAGGGACGGCAAGAAUUUGAUUAAGCUUCUAGAAGUGCUUUCGGGUGAACGGCUGCCUCGCCCUACCAAAGGCAAGAUGCGCAUUCACUGCCUAGAGAAUGUGGACAAAGCGCUCCAGUUCCUCAAGGAGCAAAGAGUUCACCUGGAAAAUAUGGGAUCGCACGAUAUAGUAGAUGGAAAUCCCCGAUUGUCGUUAGGUUUGAUAUGGACUAUAAUCUUGCGCUUCCAAAUCCAGGACAUCACAAUCGAAGAGACGGAUAACCAGGAAACCAAGUCGGCUAAAGAUGCUUUACUUCUCUGGUGUCAAAUGAAGACUGCUGGUUAUCACAACGUGAACGUUCGGAACUUUUCGACUUCAUGGCGGGAUGGUUUGGCUUUCAAUGCCUUGAUCCACAAACACCGACCGGACUUGCUCCAGUUCGAUAAACUGUCAAAAUCCAAUCCCAUCCAUAAUCUCAAUAACGCCUUCAACGUGGCUGAGGACAAACUCGGCCUGACCAAGCUGCUGGAUGCUGAGGACGUUUUCGUCGAGCAACCAGACGAAAAAUCCAUCAUCACCUACGUUGUCACUUACUACCAUUACUUCAGCAAAAUGAAGCAGGAGACCGUGCAAGGCAAGCGUAUAGGCAAAGUCGUAGGAAUCGCAAUGGAAAACGACCGAAUGAUCAAGGAGUACGAAGGGCUCACCAGCGAGCUCUUGGCAUGGAUCGAGGCCACCAUUUCCGCCUUGGGAGAACGGGAGUUUGCCAACAGCCUCAUUGGCGUUCAGCAGCAGCUGACGCAGUUCAACAACUACAGAACGGUGGAGAAACCGCCCAAGUUCGUGGAGAAAGGAAACUUGGAGAUUCUCCUCUUCACCCUCCAGUCAAAGAUGCGGGCCAACAACCAGCGUCCCUACACUCCGAAGGAGGGCAAGAUGAUCUCCGACAUCAACAAAGCCUGGGAACGACUGGAGAAGGCCGAGCACGAAAGAGAACUGGCCUUGCGAGAAGAACUAAUCCGUCAAGAAAAACUCGAGCAACUCGCCGCAAGAUUCAACAGAAAAGCCAGCAUGCGCGAGACAUGGCUGAGCGAAAAUCAACGCCUAGUCUCCCAGGACAACUUCGGCCAAGACUUAGCAGCAGUCGAAGCGGCGGCUAAGAAGCACGAAGCCAUCGAAACCGACAUUCUGGCGUACGAAGAGCGCGUCCAGGCUGUUGUAUCGGUUGCGGCCGAACUGGAAGCCGAAAGCUAUCACGACAUGGAACGCAUCAAUGCCCGAAAGGACAACGUCCUACGCCUAUGGAAUUACCUCUUGGAAUUGCUUAGAGCACGCAGAAAUAGACUAGAUCUUUCCUUGCAGCUGCAACAGAACUUCCAGGAAAUGUUGCACAUCCUAGAUGCCAUGGAGGAAUUGAAGACGCGCCUGCUGAUCGAGGAGUUGGGCAAACAUCUGAUGGGCGUCGAAGACUUGCUGCAGAAACACAACUUGCUGGAAGCCGACAUCAAUAUUCUGGGCGAUAGAGUGAAGGCGGUGGCAAGCCAAAGUCAGCGCUUUGUUGAUGUUGAAGGAGACGAGGGAUAUAAGCCGUGUGAUCCUCAGCUUGUUUUGGAACGCGUCCAACAAUUGGAGGAAGCCUACGCUCAGCUAGUGCGAUUAGCCGUGGAGCGCCGCUCGCGGCUGGAGGAGAGCAGGAAGCUGUGGCAGUUCUACUGGGACAUGGCGGACGAAGACAACUGGAUCAAGGAAAAGGAGCAAAUCGUUUCUACCUCAGACAUCGGGCACGAUCUGACUACCGUCAACCUGCUCUUGAGCAAGCACAAGAUUCUAGAAAACGAGCUGUCCGCCCACGAGCCGCAGCUGGACGACGCCCUCGGCGUGGGAGAAGAACUCAUCCAAUCAGGCCACUUUGGCUCCAAGGAAAUACAGGAUAGACUGACGGAAAUUAGGGACGCAUGGAAGCACUUGCUCGACUUGGCUUCCUACCGAAGAAAGCGCCUGGAGGAGGCGGUGGACUAUCACCAACUCUUCGCUGACGCGGAUGAUGUGGACAUUUGGAUGCUGGACACUUUGAGACUGGUUUCCAGUGAAGACGUCGGACGGGACGAAGGCAACGCACAAUCGCUUCUGAAGAAGCACAAGGACGUAACCGACGAGUUGAAGAACUACGCGAGCGUCAUUGAAAGCCUCCAUCAACAAGCCGAGGCUCUCGGGCCGGAAGUGGCCACUUCUCCAGAAGUCUCCCAAAGACUGGCUUCCAUCGAUAACCGCUACAAGGAGCUGUUGGAGCUGGCCAAGUUGCGCAAACAACGCCUCCUCGACGCUCUUUCCCUCUACAAGCUUCUCUCAGAGAGUGACGGCGUCGAGCAAUGGAUCAGCGAAAAAGACCGCAUGUUGCAGACAAUGAUUCCUGCCCGCGACAUUGAGGACGUGGAAAUCAUGAAACACCGGUACGAUGGCUUUGAGAAAGAGAUGAACUCGAACGCGUCUAGAGUGGCUGUAGUUAAUCAACUCGCCAGACAGUUGCUGCACGUCGAGCAUCCCAACUGGGAGCAGAUCACUGCCAGGCAAAACCAACUUAACCAGAAAUGGGCGGAGCUUCGCGAAAAGGCCGAAGCCAAGCGCGAAGAACUCAACUCAGCGCACGGAGUGCAAACCUUCCACAUUGAAUGCCGCGAAACCACCACCUGGAUCGAGGACAAGAUUCGCAUUCUGCAAGAAACCGACAGUCUGGAAAUGGAUCUUACAGGAAUCAUGACGCUGCAGCGCCGCCUAUCUGGAAUGGAGCGCGACCUGGCUGCCAUUCAAGCCAAACUCAACUCCCUGCAAAAGGAGGCCGAUGGCAUUGAAGACGAGCAUCCAGAGGAAGCCGCUGUUAUCAGGGAGCGCAUUGUGCAGAUCCAGAUAAUCUGGGAGCGUCUCACGCAGAUGCUCAAAGAGCGCGACGCCAAGCUGGAAGAAGCUGGCGAUCUGCACAGGUUCCUACGGGACCUGGACCACUUCCAAACCUGGCUCACCAAGACGCAAACUGACAUCGCCUCAGAGGACACACCCAGCUCCCUUUCGGAAGCAGAGAAGCUUCUCUCCCAGCACCAGGCCAUCCGGGAGGAGAUCGACAACUACACAGACGAUUACACCAAGAUGAUGGAGUACGGGGAGAAAAUCACUGCCGAUCCCAGCACCCAGGACGACCCGCAGUACAUGUUCCUGCGGGAGCGGCUCAAGGCCCUUAAGGACGGCUGGGACGAAAUCCAUCAAAUGUGGGACAAUCGACAACAUCUGCUCUCGCAGUCUUUGAGCUUGCAGCUGCUUGAACGCGACGCCCGUCAAGCUGAAGUCAUUCUUAAUCAACAAGAACACACUCUCAGCAAGGAUGAAACUCCCACCACUCUCGAGCAAGCUGAGAACCUUCUCAAACGCCACGAGGCGUUUUUGGCCACCAUGGAGGCCAACGAUGAUAAAAUCAACAGUGUCGUGGAGUUUUCCAGGAGACUUUGCGACGAAGGGCAUUUUGCUACGGAUAAAAUUGGCAAGCGCGCUGAUAAUCUGGAUGAGCGUCGACUUGCCAACAAGGAGAAGGCGCAAGCACUUUUCGAACGACUGCGAGAUCUGUUGGAGCUUCAUCAGUAUCUACGCGACUGCGACGAGCUGGGCGAGUGGAUCCAGGAGAAGCACAUUACUGCACAGGAUGAAACGUACAGAUCGGCCAAAACUGUGCACUCCAAAUGGACCAGGCAUCAAGCCUUUGAGGCGGAGAUCGGCGCCAACAAGGAGCGUCUGCUGAACUUGCAACGUGCUGGAGAGGAACUUGCCAAGGAGAAGCCGGAAUAUGCAACCGCAAUCUCGCCCAAGAUUGAGGAACUGGCCGAUCAGUUCGAUGUUCUGGAACAAACCACCAAGGAGAAGGGUGAACGACUGUUUAAGCAGGUUGCCAUGUCGGACGAACUGGGCCGAGAUGCUGGUUCUGUUUCAACGCUGCAGCGCAAACAUCAGAACUUCAUGCAAGACCUGCAGACGCUUCAGAGCCAAGUGCAACAGAUCCAAGAAGAAUCGGCCAAGCUUCAAGCCAGCUAUGCGGGCGACCGAGCUAAAGAGAUCACAAAUAGAGAACAAGAAGUGGUGUCUGCGUGGGCCAGUUUGCAAAUGGUUUGCGAGCAGCGCAGAGGAAAACUGGCCGAUACUGGCGAUCUGUUCAAGUUCUUCAACCUGGUGAGAACGCUGAUGCAAUGGAUGGACGACGUGGUGCGCCAAAUGAACACCAGCGAAAAGCCGCGCGACGUCGGCGGCGUUGAACUGUUGAUGAGCAAUCAUCAGAGCCUCAAAGCGGAAAUCGACGCUAGAGAGGACAAUUUCACCUCCUGCAUAUCGCUGGGCAAGGAGCUGUUGAGCAGGAAUCACUACGCCAGCGCCGAAAUAACCGACAAACUGGUCGCUUUGAACAAUCACAGGCAGGGAGUUGUGCAACGGUGGGAAGAAAGAUGGGAGAACCUGCAACUUAUCCUGGAAGUGUACCAGUUUGCUCGCGACGCUGCUGUAGCUGAAGCAUGGCUGAUCGCGCAAGAACCGUACCUGAUGAGUACCGAGCUCGGCCACACCAUUGAUGAUGUUGAAAAUUUGAUCAAAAAACACGAGGCCUUCGAAAAAUCCGCAGCCGCUCAAGAGGAGCGGUUUAGUGCCCUCGAACGGCUCACAACGUUCGAAAUUCGAGAAAUGAAACGACGCGAAGAAGCGGAAGCCGAAGAAAGAGCUCGUUUAGAGCGAGAGGAGGCCGAACGGAAGGCUGCCCUUGAAGCAGCUUCAAGACCAAAAGAACCAGAACCUGCUUCUGCUGAUAGGCCGGAUGCUGGCGGCGCUGCCAUUGAGGAAAGACCAGUGCAUGGAGUACAGCCACGACCGCAAACAGUAGGAAGCACGCCUUCACCUCCCAAGCCCACUCCCAGAUCCCAAACACUGCUUCGUCCGGAGGAAAAGGCGAAGCGCAAGGACAGAUCCCGAAGCAAGUCGCCUUUCCGCAGCUUCAGGUGGAAGAAGAGCAGCCCCAAAACGCACUCGGGGGCCCACAGCGACGACGAAGGCGUUUUAGCCUCUCGGCAAGAAGGCUCUAGUCCAGAUGAAGAAGGCUUCGAAGGCAACUUGGUGAGGAAGCACGAAUGGGAGAACACAACUGUUAAAGCCUCGAACCGUUCUUGGGAUAAGGUGUUUGUCGUUUUACGCGGCAGCCACUUGGCGUUUUACAAGGACCCUAAAACAGCGAAAUCGACGCCCGAUCAGCGAUUUAAGGGCGAAGCGCCGCUGCAGCUUCAUGGCGCCACUGCUUCCGUCGCUACAGACUACAAAAAGAAGAAACAUGUGUUCCGAUUGAAAUUGGAGAAUGGUGGAGAUUUCCUGUUGCAAGCUCAGAACGACGCUGAAAUGAACACCUGGAUUUCGCACAUCAACGCUCAUGCUGACACCACUGCGUCUGGUCCUUCGCGCUCUCAAACUCUGCCAGCUUCCGGACAAAAAGAAGAUCAGAAACGGCGCAGCUUUUUUACACUUAAGAAAACAUAAGAUAUUUUAAAUGGAAACUAAGGUUUUUACUGUGCUACUUUCAUCACUAAUCCUACGCUUGAACUGAUUGGAUCCCGAACAGUCAGACUACUCUUCGCUCUUCUUUGUAUUAGCAUUAACUAGAGUAAGACAAUAUAUUUUUUCUUGUAGAUUGCACAUUUAUACCUUAAGAGUUUUAAAUGUAUAGCUAUGAACAUGUGAUUUGAAACAACUCGGAACAGCCUUCCGAUAUAGAGAAAUGCUCCCCGAUAUUGAAAAAAUUGCAGCUUAAUCGUUGUGAACGAGGAAAGGGACUAUGACGAGACUAAAACGCAUUUCUCUAUAUUUUGGAUGAGUAUUCAGUCUUGACUGGGAUAAGAAUCUUCUUCAGCUAAAGUUAUGCCAGUGUAUUUAUUAAAUUCAUUAAAACUGUAAUGUAAUUCAUGUUAGGCAUCUGCCCAGAUUGUAUAUCGUUCAAACCCUAACCCGUAAUGUUAUAGAAAUGAACGAAAAGUAACCGAAAAAAUCUGUUUACAAAUAAGGCGGUGAAGAAAGCAAACAGAGUGUGAUACAUGGAACCAAUAUGGACUGGCAAGGCCUUAUUUGUGAAUGGAUCAUCAUCUAAAUAUUGUAUUAUUAUCAAAUGUGUAUUUUGUGUUACAAUCUUCUUAGUUUUUAUAUUAUUUUUCUUGUUGCAAUGGUUUAUUCGGCUUUCGCUUUGCUUAGCGAGCUAAGGUGACGAAGUCAUAUUUAUAUUCGAAAUAAGACGUCAUUUAUUUGUAUUUUGUAGUUACGUCUAUUUUACAUAAUGUCGCUUUUCAAAUGGAGUUAUAUUAAAUAAAUAAAUAUUGUUUUUGGUAAA